CUUUUCACAUGAUCUGUAAGCUUUCACAGAGGAGAGACAGGAAUGUGGAGAGGAGCGUCAACAAGCCACGGUCCCGCCAUAAUGCGUUUAUUUUACACUGUGUCCAUCUGGGUGACAUUCAUCCACUGCACCAAUGGAAUUCCCUGGACACAAGAAAAGACCGAGUGAACAUUUUCCAGUGACGUGAAAGAAUGUUGUGACACACUACAAUUAGUUGUUCUGCAAGCUGUGUCAUCCACACUGUUGCUCAAUUAAAACGCAUCAUAAGAAGACGCCCUUGCAGUUAUAUCAGGAAAAUGUUGAACUAAAACUGACUCCAUCACCGAGCUCUCACUCUAACACAAGAUGAGGUCAGUACUGCCCUGUCUCACACUGACCUGUCGCAGAUGUGGGUGAGGGACCUGAGGCCGCUGCUGGUUACCAGGUACCCAGGCUCUGCAGGCAGCCAGGCUGUACAGGAGCAUAUCAAAACAACCAUCCGUUCCCUCGGAGCUGGCUGGGAAGUGACAGAGGAUAAGUUUGUGUCACAAACACCCUAUGGCCCCCUGCCUUUCACCAACCUAAUUGCCACCCUCAACCCAUCAGCCAAGCGCCGCCUGGUCCUGGCCUGUCACUACGACUCCAAGUACUACCCACCACAGUGGCACGAGAGGGAGUUCCAAGGUGCCACUGAUUCUGCCGUUCCCUGUGCCAUGAUGUUGGAGCUGGCCCGAGCCCUGGAUGAAGAACUGAAAGCUCAGAAGAUUUCCAGUCCCAACCUGACCUUGCAGUUGGUCUUCUUUGACGGAGAGGAGGCUCUUUUCCAGUGGACGUCUACAGACUCCCUGUAUGGCUCUCGCCACCUUGCCCAGAAGAUGGAGACUACCCCACACCCCGCCGGAGCCACAGACACCAACCAACUACACGGCAUAGAUCUGUUUGUGUUGUUGGACCUGAUCGGGGCUUCUAGUCCACGCUUCGGCAACCAGUUCCCCAGCACAAUGCACUGGCUCUCCAGGCUGCAGAGCAUUGAAAAGCGUUUACACUCCAUGGACCAGCUCGUGGAUCAUCCUAACAACGUGCAAUAUUUCUGGCCAGAUCGACCUGUCGGACACAUACAAGAUGAUCAUAUACCAUUCCUAAACAGAGGUGUACGUAUCCUCCACCUCAUCCCCACCCCCUUCCCGUCCGUGUGGCACACGUUUGAUGACAACGAGCAGAACCUGGAUCGCUCCACCAUUCAGAACCUCAACAAGAUCCUGCAGAUUUUUGUUCUGGAGUACCUCAACGCCAGACCCACCAUCCCUUCAACCCCACAGAAUGCCCCGUAAAAAGAAAUGCAAGCAUAUUGUUCAACAGCUUUCUUUCUUUCUUUUGAUGUUUCACUGUUAAGAUCUUCAGUUGUUAUUCUAUAGUGAGACUGAGAGAAAAGACUAUAUUUAUUUCUGUUUGAACACCAAUGUGUACUCCUUGACCUUAUAACUGAGAUGUGAGGUUGAAACUCAACCUUACACAUCACAAAUUCACAAAAGAUUUUGCAUAGAGUUUAGGGAGAUAUAUAAUGUCAUACACGGACAAGUGCAUUUUGCAUUUUUAUUUUGAAAAUCUUUGUAUAAACAUAUUUUGGCUGAUGUUAUUGGGACAUGUAUUUUCUUCCCAAAUGGGUUCAUAAGAGACUUCAAGAGUCUGAAGCUUCGUCCUCCCUUUAAGGCCAAAAUCCCCAGCAACAAGAUCAGCACACAGGAUCUUCUGUGUGUUUUUUUACUACACUGCUUUCUUUAUAUCAACCUAAACCCCUCCUUUACACUGUGAAGAGACAUUUUAAUGUCAGUGCUAAUGUCUAGGAUCUUGUGCCUCAAAGAGGAGCAAAAAGAGUAUAGUGCAGAGGUAACAAUAAUAACUGUGAGCAGUUAAAAUGAUAUGAUACCCUUUAUUUUACAAAUUCCCCUGGCAACAUUGAACUACAUGAAUGCAUUGCAAGUCCAAAGUUGUUAAUAAUUUCAUUAUUAGUUGCUUUGGGGUUGCCUGAAAACAUAUUAUUAUAAUCAUGAAAUAAUAUGCUGAAUCCCUGAUCUGUUAUAUUGUGUGAUAUAUAUACAAUAUAGCCACCCACAUGACACAUGUGAGACAGUGUCACACUGUGUUUUAGCUACCGUGUAUGUGACAUUUCCUCUGCGAUAAAUCUGUUCAGCGUUAACAGAGUAAACCUGCAAGUGGCAGGAAGUGGGUUUAUUUCUAUUAUAACAACAUCUUUAGCCCUUCAUAUCCUGUCAUAUUAGAUAGUGAAGUGGAUAACUUCCUGUGCUGAUGUUUCAUGUGCCUGCCUUUGUUUAUAUGACAUUAGAUGCCUGAUUUUUAAUGUAGAUCCCAGAAUAAUAUACAGUGCCAAAACUGGACUUCCUGUCUUUUGAGGGUGAAAUAAAUGUUGAUUCAGAAUACA